AUGCUGCGUGCCGUGCAGAAGCGAUGUGCCUCAACAGCUCCUCUGAUCCGUCCGAUCCAACGGGUUCUGGUAGCAAAUCGAGGAGAAAUUGCCAUUCGGGUUCAAAACACAGCUCGCAAAAUGGGUAUCGAAACCGUGGCCGUCUUUUCAGAUGCAGAUCGUAAUUCACUUUUCGUCAAAAAAGCCGACAAGGCUUUCCAUAUCGGACCACCACUUGCCGCUGAAAGUUAUCUCAACAUGGACAAAAUAAUUAACACAGCGAUUCGCUCUGGAGCCCAAGCUAUUCACCCGGGAUACGGUUUCUUAUCUGAAAACGCUGGUUUUGCUGACAAAUGUGCUCAAGCCGGCCUUGUAUUCAUUGGACCGCCUGCUCAAGCUAUCAGAGAUAUGGGAGCGAAAAAUGUUUCAAAACAAAUCAUGGAAGAUGCCAAAGUUCCAGUAGUUAAAGGUUUCCACGGAGAAGAUCAAUCUGAUGCUAAUCUGAAAAAGAAGUCACAAGAAAUUGGGUACCCAGUGAUGUUGAAAGCCGUUUAUGGAGGUGGUGGAAAAGGAAUGAGAAUCGCCUGGAAUGAAGCUGAGUUCGAUGAGAAACUUGCGUCAGCUCGUAAUGAAGCCAAGAAAUCAUUUGGCAACGAUGAAAUGCUCGUUGAGAAGUUUGUUGAGAAACCAAGACACGUCGAAGUGCAAGUUUUCGGAGAUCAUCAUGGAAACUAUGUUCAUUUGUGGGAAAGAGAUUGUUCUGUCCAAAGACGUCAUCAGAAAAUCAUUGAAGAAGCACCAGCCCCGAAUAUGGCUCAUGAAACGCGUCUCAAACUUGGAGAAUCUGCUGUCCGUGCAGCUGCUGCUGUUGGAUAUGUUGGAGCAGGAACUGUUGAGUUCAUUAUGGAUCCACGUGGAGAGUUUUUCUUCAUGGAAAUGAACACUCGUCUUCAAGUAGAGCAUCCAGUCAGUGAGGCCAUCACAGGGACCGACUUGGUUGAAUGGCAACUUCGUGUCGCUCAAGGAGAGAAACUUCCACUGAAACAGUCUGAAAUCCCAUUGAAUGGACAUUCUUUCGAAUGUCGUGUCUAUGCUGAAGAUACCCGUAAAGGAGCUUUCAUGCCAACCGCUGGUCGACUCAACUAUGUUGAUUUCCCUGAAGAUGCUAGAAUUGAUACUGGAGUUGUUUCCGGAGACGAAGUAUCUAUUCAUUAUGACCCCAUGAUUGCAAAGGUUGUCGUUUGGGGAAAGGACCGUAAUGUUGCUGCUGCUAAAUUGGAAAGUGCUCUUGCCCGUACACGAAUUUCUGGUCUUCCAACCAACAUUGAUUUCGUUCGUCGUGUUCUCGCUCAUCCGGAAUUCGCUGCUGGAAAUGUCUACACUGAUUUCAUUCCGGACCACCACGAGGAGCUUUUCGCUGAAUCUGAAACGCCAGCCGAGAUCUAUGUUGAAUCGGCGAUUGCUCACGCAUUGUCCGCUCUCAAGAAAUCGGAUGCAGGUGUUUUCCAAAACCUGUCCUUCUUCAGAAUCAACGUAGCUCCAAAAUACGUGUUCAAAAUCGAUGGUAAAGAUGUGACUGUUCGUUUUGAUUCCGAAAACCGUCUUACCGUCUCUUACGAUGGAAACAGUUAUGAAACACUUCUGAAUGACAUUGAAGCGAUUGGAGAUAACGAGUUCAAGUUUACUCUAGAAGCCAAUGGCAGACGGUGGAGUACAGUAGUCAAAGAUCUCCCAGAAACAUUAAUGGUGAAUGGAGUUGGUCAAAACGAGUAUGCAACACCAGCAGUGUAUGAAGCAUUCGACUCAUUGGCUGGAGGAGCCGCCAGUCAUUCGGCAGUGGCUCCAAUGCCAGGAAUUAUCGAGAAAAUUCUGGUCAAACCAGGAGAUCAAGUUACAACUGGACAAGCACUAGUUGUUAUGACAGCAAUGAAAAUGGAAUACAUCAUCCGUGCUCCUGAAGAUUCAACGAUCGAACACAUCAAGUGUCAAGCUGGAAAGAAUGUUCCUAAAAAUGCCGUUUUAGUGCAAUUCGCCUAA